AUGGAGAUCAAGCAACAGUUUGACUCGUUGGAAGUCAUCAAGGAAUUGGACCCAAUCGAAUUCGCCGAGAUUAUUGGAAACAUCGGCGGGUUUAGGGAUCUGAUCCUGAUAUUAUGGCCCAUUUUCUUUGUGGCGAUCAGCCGGCCAGAACCACAUCUCAAGCCUCGCAACUUUAAGAAAUCCGUGGCCAGAACAGUCGAGCGCGCCUCGGGAGUCACGAAAACGGUCGCCAAUUUGGGGCCUAUGAGGCGUCUAGAAUCUAUGGAGAUGAGAAAUAAAACGAGCGGUGCAUCUCUGGAAGACGGAUUCCAAGAAGAGCCGGCACCGUUGGAACAUCCACCCGCAUUAGGGCUGCAGAGGAGCGUUUCACGGCGAUUAGGUAACGGCUUCCGGGUGUUACAACCCGAUGUUUAACCCGUCGGGGACAUCCAUCCCUAAGCUUGUCGGGGAACAAGCAUGGUGACGCCAAACACUUUUGCAAGGCGCUCGGCAUUGUUACGUUCAGUUCGAUGGGGAGCGCAGAGCAAACGGCGGGCCAACGCAUGCUUGACUGUAUAUACGCCAACGGAGCCAAAUUUAAGCGUUGUACCUCAAGCAUGGAGUAGAAUAGUAUCGCAAGUACCUUGAGUGGUAUCCUCGUAAUCCG